AUGUUUUAUUUUCUUAACAAAAAACAAAAGAAACUCUAUCUCUAUACACUCAUGAUUUUAUUGCUGACUCUGGUAAUUGAAGUUUUAUCGGAGUGUCCUUUUCAAGUGGAUUCUUUUGGAUGUAUCUACGCAACAAACCCAUCACUUUGCUACAACGAUUUAAACGUUACUACCUAUUUUUGUGUAGCUGAAAACGGGUUUGCCAACGCGAAUUUAAACAAUGUUUUUUUCAACACUACAAACCCCCUUAUAUUAAAAAAUUCGGCGUUUGUUGGGAAUGUUUUAACUAGUUUCGAAAGUGUGUCAGGCUUUUCUAUAAUUGGAGAGUCGGUUUUUGAAAAAACGUUUCUUGUCAAAAUUGAUUUAACAGGGUUACAACACAUUUCUCAACGUGCCUUUUAUGGGUGUCCUGGUCUUACCACAGUGACUGGGUUGGAAAGUGUUACAAUAGUUGGUGAUAGUGCGUUUUCCACAUGCAAUUCCAUUGACAAUUUGGUGUUUAAAAAAAAGGUUUCAAUUAUGGAUUACGCGUUUUACAUGUGUUCCAGUUUGCAAAGCAUUCAAUUUGAAAGUGGUGUGUCAUCUUUUGGUAAUUACAGUUUCACGCAAACAUCAAUUUCAGAAAUUGACAUGAAAGGUGGUCAAUUAGUAGGGGAUAACGCAUUUGCUAAUUGUCAAAAUUUGAAGACACUUAAAAACACGGAGGGAAUACUAUCAAUCAUGAACGGCUCGUUCAGUAAAUGUGGUGCGAUAACAGACUUCAAUUUUCCAAAUAUUGUGGAAAUUGGGAAUUAUGCUUUUGAAAGUUGCAACAAUAUGAUGUUUCUCCAUUUGCCAGCGACUUUGACUACAUUAGGAGAAGACUGGAUUAAAGGUGUUACAAAUCUGAAAGCAAUAUUUUUCCAUGGAAACGAAGACAUUUUGUACUAUGUCACACCAAUUGAACAACUCGUGUUUGUGGGUCAAAACUACUCAAAUGAAACGUUUUCUGGAAAAGUCGUCACAAAAACUAAUUGCUCGUCUUCACAAUGGGUUAACACAUAUGGAAAUGACUGUAAACCAUGUGAAGGGGAAGUUAACAGUUACGAUGGUGUUUCGAAUGUAUGUGGUUACAACGGAACAUGUGGAGAUAACUGUGGGUUGUGCAAUUCAAGUAUUUUAUGCGAAAGGUGUAUGAAUGGUUUCGUGUUUGAAAAUGGGGAGUGUGUAAGCCCCAUCAUUGAAUGUUCUUCGAUAAAUCCAUUUUGUGAAGAAUGUGAUAAGGAUGGAUGUACGAUGUGUGCAAUUGGGCAUUAUGUGAGUGGCGGGACUUGUGAUAAUUGUAUCAGUUUUUGUGAUGUGUGCAAUUCAAAUAGCACAUGUAAGAAUUGUUCAGAAAACAUGUACUACGUUGACAACAUCUGUACUUCAUGUACAGAUGGAUUUUAUAUUGAAGAUGACAAGUGUUAUCGUUGUUCAGAACAUUGCAUGAAAUGUGAAGAUAAAGAAGAGUGUCUGACGUGUUUUGAGGGCUUUUAUUUGAAAGAAGAAAAGUGUGCAAAUUGUGCUGAGAGAGGGUGUUUGAAUUGCAGUAUAAAUGCUUGUAGUCAAUGUUUGGAUGGUUAUGGACUUUACAAUAACAAAUGUAUUUCUUGUAGUUUGUCAAAUUCGAUAUGUGUUUCAUGUUCUUCUGAUAAUUUGGACCACAUGUGUUGGUCAUGUACAAAUGGGUAUUGGGAAGAGAAUGGGAAAUGCGUGACUUGUGAAAACUGUGGAGAAGAUGGGUGCGACAAAACAACACAGAAGUGUUUUAAUUGCAAAGAAGGGUAUGUCAAGAAGCUGAAUGGAGACUGUGUAAUUAAUGAAAAUUGUACAGCACAAGAUACAAGUGGGUAUUGCUCUAAAUGCAAAAAUAGUCAUGUUCUUGUAUUCAAAGAGUGUUAUUUGAUUUCAACGAAUACCAACGAAGAAACAAUCGAAUACGAUGGAUUUUUGAUUUCAAAAAAGGACGCACACUGUCAAAAGAUACUUGGAAAGUCGUGUUAUGAGUGCGAAGAUGGAUUUUAUCCAUUUGAAUCGUUGUGUGUGAAAUGUGAAGAUAUGUACGCAAAUUGCAACGCAUGUGGAGUGAACAUUCAUGCGAACAUUAAGGAAUGUGUUUGUGUCUCAUGUAACACUGGGUAUUUCCCCGAGGUUUCAUGCAAACAUUCCAGCUUAAUUGAUGGGUGUGUAGACUGCACAACAACACGAGAGGGUCUUUGGCAAAACAAUCGAAAGUGUCUUGAAUGUGCGAAUGGAUAUACACUCAACAACGGGUUUU